AUGUUCAGUUACAGAGACUCGCGCCACCAGCAGCUGGUUGUGAUCGCCAAGGACAACGGAGAGCCCGCGCUCUCUGCUACUGUCACCAUCAAACUGUCCACGGUGGAGACCGCCCUUAAAACCUAUGCUGACAUGACUGAGGUGCCUUUGGGAUAUGACAUCUUCUCCGAUUUAAACCUGUAUCUGGUGAUCGGACUGGGCUCUGUUUCAUUUCUUUUACUCAUCACUAUAUUGGUCACCAUCGUGCUGAAGUGUCAGAAAACGAAGCCCAGCAAAGCGGCUCCUCCGUGCAGGAACAGUGUGAUCAGCGAGAGGAACUCGACCAUCGCUGAUUCCACUCUGGUCUCCAACGAUGCCUACUGGUACAGUUUAUUUCUAGCAGAGACGAGGAAAGGAAAGCUGGUGGUCAGACAGCCUGUGCCAAAGGGAGCGAGAUACAUCGUGUCCAGUUUACCGAGAAGCACAGGACUGACCGAGACGAGCGACUCAGCUGCAUCUACACUACAGACUUUGAUUAAACGAAACAUCCGUUUAGAUGUUAUUGCUAGCAAGAAAUAUCUCGCCAUAAACAAAGACAGGGGCGAGCUGUACAUACUAGAGAAGAUUGAUCGUGAAUAUCUGUGUCCUGCCAAAACCACUUGCUUUUUAAAAAUGGAAGUUAUAGUGGAGAACCCUGAGCGAAUAUUUUACAUAGAACUGGAAAUCACAGAUAUCAAUGACAAUAACCCUCAAUUUCGACGAGACACAAUCAAUUUAGAUAUCACUGAAUCUACACCUGCGGGUGAGCGAUUUUCUGUCAGUAAUGCAGUGGAUUCUGAUGUCGGUUCCAACUCGGUUAAAACGUAUUAUCUGAGCCAGAAGGAGCACUUUGAUAUUGAAAUUCAGUCUGGGAGGGACGGCUCCAAAUUUGCUGAUUUAAUUUUAAAAAAGGCACUAGAUCGUGAAACCCAACCAGUUCAUAAUCUGAUACUGACAGCAGUGGAUGGCGGAGUUCCUCCGCGUUCAGGAACGGCCAGUAUCGUCGUUCGUGUGUUGGAUGCAAAUGACAACGCCCCUAAAUUUGAUCAGGAGAGCUACACCAUCAGUUUAACUGAAAACUCACCCAUAGGCAGCCUGCUUGUUAAAUUAAAUGCAACAGAUCUAGAUGAGGGUUCUAAUGCCGACCUUGUGUAUUCAUUUAGUCUGUAUACAUCAGAGAAGACACAGAAAGCUUUCAGUUUAAACCCUGACAGUGGUGAUAUUAGAAUUAAGGAGAUGGUUAAUUAUGAAGAUUUUAAAAUUUACGAUAUGGAGGUUAUAGCAUCAGAUAAAGGAACUCAUCCAUUAUCCGGUCAAUGUAAAUUAUCCAUUAUAAUUACCGACAUGAAUGACAAUCACCCAGAAAUUUCAAUUAAGUCAUUUCAGAGUCCAGUGAAAGAGGAUGUACCUGUAAAUACAGUAAUCGCAGUUGUUAGUGUGAGUGAUAAAGACUCAGGAGAAAAUGGACAGGUAGAUAUUCAUAUUUCUGAUUAUUUACCUUUUACGCUCAAAGAAUCAUCUGAUAAUUAUUAUGAAUUAUUAGUUUCAGAACCGUUAGACCGUGAAAAGGUUCCGGAAUAUGACAUCACUAUUACCGUGACUGACAGGGGCAACCCGCCGUUAUCUGAUAAUGAAACAAUAACUUUAGAGCUGCUGGACGUUAACGACAAUGUUCCUCAGUUCCCGCAGACAUUCUACACGAUACCUGUUAUGGAGAAUAACGCGCCUGGAGCUUUACUGAGCUCUUUAACUGCUAUAGACCCAGAUCUCCAUGAAAAUCAGUAUCUAGUCUAUUUUAUCAUAGAGAAGGAAACAGUGAACACCUCCAUGUCCAUGCUGUUCUCCAUUAACCCAGAGAACGGGAAUCUUUACGCGCUAAAGACGUUUGACUAUGAGAUAGAGAAGGAGUUCCUUUUCCACAUCGAGGCCAGAGACUCUGGUGUUCCUCCGCUCAGCAGUAACGUGACCGUUCACAUUAUUAUCAUGGAUCAGAACGACAACACGCCGCUUAUAGUGUCUCCAUGGCGCGCGCACGGCUCGGUGGUGGAGCAAAAGAUUCCGAGAUCCACCGAUAAAGGGACUCUGAUAGCCAAAGUCAUCGCCAUAGACUCUGAUUCAGUGCACAACUCUCGAAUCACGUACCAGUUUCUCCACAACACUGACGCGACAUUAUUCAGCUUGGAUCAAUAUAACGGAGAGAUCCGGACCAUGAGAAUGUUCAGUUACAGAGACUCGCGCCACCAGCAGCUGGUUGUGAUCGCCAAGGACAACGGAGAGCCCGCGCUCUCUGCUACAGUCACCAUCAAACUGUCCACGGUGGAGACCGCCCUUAAAACCUAUGCUGACAUGACUGAGGUGCCUUUGGGAUAUGACAUCUUCUCCGAUUUAAACCUGUAUCUGGUGAUCGGACUGGGCUCUGUUUCAUUUCUUUUACUCAUCACUAUAUUGGUCACCAUCGUGCUGAAGUGUCAGAAAACGAAGCCCAGCAAAGCGGCUCCUCCGUGCAGGAACAGUGUGAUCAGCGAGAGGAACUCGACCAUCGCGGAUUCCACUCUGGUCUCCAACGAUGCCUACUGGUACAGUUUAUUUCUAGCAGAGACGAGGAAAGGAAAGCUGGUGGUCAGACAGCCUGUGCCAAAGGGAGCGAGAUACAUCGUGUCCAGUUUACCGAGGAGCACAGGACUGACCGAGACCAGCGACUCAGCUGCAUCUACACUACAGGCGUCCACCACCACCAGCAGCAGUUCCAGCUAAGGAUCCUCCCAACCGUAUUGCCGGAGCAAAGUAUGAAAAACGUUCCAUCAACCAAUCAGCAUGUCUGUUCACCUGGAUCCAUCAUAUUCACCUGCACCAUCCUACAGAGAUGAAACCAACCCUGAGUGAUGCCUACAGCUUCAUGUCAAUGUUCGGAGAGUUUGCCCUCACUUUCCCCUAACAAGCUCAUUGUUGAUCUGACCAGAGGAAUGACGGAAGAUCUUUUGCCUAUGAUACUAAGAGACACUCUUACACCUGACCGGUCAGGAUUGGACUUGGACUGGAUCUGUGAGCACACACACACACACACACACACACACACACACAAAUUAAUAUCUUCAAACAACACAGCUCAUGUCUUUAUCAAAUAAACUUUUCUGCAAAUCCAGUAUGCUUAUGUUUGCAUGGUUAAAGCGCCAUGUUAGAUCUUUGUUAUAUUUAGUGACUGGUAAAGACAUUGGGGAGAUAAAUUAUUAACAGAAUAUUCUCACAUGAACUGACGUGGACACUGGAUUGCAAAAAAAAAAUAAAAAUUCUUAAUCUGUGGUUUUGUCUUAUUUUCUGGUAAAAUUAUCUAAAAAUGCUUGCAAUAAGAUUAAUUUACAACACAAGCAAACAUUGUGUAAACCUCAACUAAACUAAAAUCUGAAAAUCAAGUCACUCAUUCAUGCUCUGAAAAGCACUAAUAUCUUUGUAUUUUGCUACUCAUGUAAAUAUAUCUGGUUUCAAGCAUGUUUAGAUAUUUUUACUAGAAAAUAUAGAGAUACUAAUGACAAAUGGGCUUUUUUUGCAAUGUGGAUGAUAUUAAACAAACACAAAGAGGAUUAAAUGAUUCUGCCAUGUUGAGAGAUGGAGUGCGGAGCUUUUGCUAGACUGAAUUUGGACAUUGAAAGCUUCUCUUUCCCUGCAACAGAUGUAUAAAGCCUUUCUUAUGUGUUUUCUUGGAUCUCAUAAAGACUAGACUGAUUAGAAGAUCAGAAUAAUGCAAGUGUUAUCCAGUGUAUUCAGAAGAGGUCACAGCAAAUUCGAUUUGUUGUGCUGUAUAGUCUACAGUCUCUUAUCUGUAGUGUUGUAUUAUGUCUGUGUUACUGUUUGUGUCAGUAUUUUUGCGUUUCAGUAUGUAAAGAAUGAAGUUAAAUCUAAGCACUGAUCUGACACAGAAAGAGCUGAGUAUUGUUGUAGUUCUGUGGUGACUGGUGACAUUCAUGAAUGCACAAAUGCAGGCACAGCACAGUGAUGUCAUAGUGCGGACAUUUGAUGGUCACAGUGGUUUCUAAGAGUUUAGGAGAUUCAUUAAGUAGCCACUUCCUGAUGCUCAAGAUUUCUGUCUCAGAUAAAAAACCCACUGACUUCUAAUAGAGACUGUUAAAGAGUGAGUUCCUUCUUGUUGUCCUUUAUAAAAACACCACACUAUUUCAGAGAUAAAGACCAUCAAACUUCACUAAAUCUUUGAAAUAAGGCCAAAUAUAAAGAGCACUCAAGGUGGUGGGUGACUUUUACUUGCUUUAAAACAAGAAAAGAUGAGAACUGCUAAUCUUUACUUAUCAACUGUAUAAUUAUCUGAUGUUAUGAAAUGUGUUUAAUAUUCAUGGAAAUGCUUUGAAAAAAAAGACAAUUAAGCCAAGUGAAAAUACACUGCAUUGCAUUGAAAUGCACUAGCCAAAUAUUAUUGUUUUUCUUCAUUUUUUUUUCUGGUGUUAAAAUUAUGUAUUAAUAUUAAUGCAUUAAUAUAAACUUUCAUAUUGUUGCUUUUUUUCUUGAUAUUUUGUAUUUGCUGGCUAUAUCAGUUGUGCAAUAUAUGGACAUCAAUAUUUUAUUUCAG